CAUAAGAUUGGUCCAAUCUGACAAUUUGGGUGGGUUGAUUUAUAGCGAUAAGAAUUUGGGUCCUCCUGAUUUUUCACAUUACCGUUGUCAAUCGUAUUCGUAGCGAUGACGUUAUACAGAAGGAUCUAAAGGUCAGUACCUCUGUGUGAUGAACUCAGGCUGCUGUAAUAUGUGUGGGUUGAUUUAGAGUUGUGUUCAACGGAAUUUGAAGAAAUCAUUGGGAAUAAAUAUAGGGUGCCAUGGAUUGGACCAAUUCUGUGUUGGGAAGGCCUUCAAUUAAGAAAUGUGAAAUUUCAGGUCAUAAGAGCAAGCUCUGUGAGUUUCAGAGGUCCAAGAGUAUAGAGAAUACAAAGGAGGUAGAUGAGUUUGCUGAGGAGGAUGUGUGGGGUGUUAUAGAAACAGAGAUCAAACAUAUGGGCUCUUAUGAAAAUGGACCAAGGAGCAAUACAGUGUGCAGACAAGGUAGUAAGAGGAGGAAUGAUACAAACAAUUGUGGUAAGAGGAUGAACAUUCCCACAAGUGCGAACCAUCAUGAUGAAAAUGGCAGUCCCAAAAUGGAGUAUCAGUCUGUUCCUAUCAAUAUCCCCCAUUUGCCUCAGAUACUCAACAGUGAGAAUUACAGAAGAGUGAAGGAGGGAGGGGAGGACUCUUCGAGUGAUGGUGAUAAUAUUGAUGAGGGUUAUAAGGAAAGGAUCCCACCUCACAAGUUCAUUGCCGUGCAAAUUGCCAGGAGCCAACUGACUUCAUUUUCUGUCUAUGAAGGGGCUGGAAGGACUCUCAAAGGCAGAGAUCUUAGCCGGGUUCGCAAUGCAAUCUUGACACGGACAGGUUUUAUUAACUGAAUUAUUAAAUCACAACUUUAAUCAAGUCUCUGUCUAGUAUAAUUGUAGAGAAGAUCACCUUCUUAUACUGAACUCUGUUUUUAAUUGCAAUCUUCAAUUAAGUCUGGCUUUACACAUAAUUAUGGAAAAGAUUGAGCAACUUGAAUUGAAAUUCUGAUUUCGUAUAUGUCAUUUAUUAUCUAGAUUUUGUAAAUGUAAUUGAUGAUGAUGUCAAUUGUGUAGAUGUAAUUGGUAAUUAUCACUUUCUUUUCUCAGCAAACAUAUCAGUUGAGAUUCUACGGUUUAAUGAUAUCUGUUUUCUCUUUAUUCCACAAUAAAGAGAGACCUAAGAAACCAUGAAACACAAGCCAGUAAAAGGCAAUCUGAUAGAAGGC